UUCUAGAUUUACAUGGGUCAUAUUCUUACAUAGUAAAGAUGAAACUUUUGAUAUGUUUAUGACUUUCUUGAAAAAGGGCUUAAUUAGGCUAGAUUUUAUUUCUACUGAAUGUCAAAUUGCUGAUAUAUUAACUAAGCCUUUAAGCAGAGACAAGGUAUAGUACCCCGUUUACAAAAACGGAGUACCGUAUCACUCUUGGAUGCCUCCCUCAUAUUCUGUCUUGCAUGCAAAAUACAGAUUAAUUUCCCUGCUCUAAUGAUUGAACACUUGAAUUUUUAUGCUCAAAAGACCACAAUUCCAUAUGGCUCUUUCCUUACUGUGUUGUUCAAAUCUUUUGGUAUUGAUGUUGAAUGUGAAUCCCCAACAUAUCUCAAACCCGAUAAUAUCCUCUCUGAACAAUCAUUACUUAGACUGAGUCUUAGGCUUACAAAUGGCAAAGUAUGUUUUGUGCCUCGGAAAGGAGGGGAGAAAAAGAAAGGGAAAGGGAAAGAAGCUAAGGAAGAAUGUGAUGCAAGCAGUGACCAGGGUAGUGAGGAGGCUAGUGAGGGUGCUACCACCUCCAGUGAUUCUGAGGGAGAUAAGGAAGAAGAAAAAAGUUCUAACGGAGAGAAAAACAAAGAAAAAAUACUUGAGGGAGAUGUGCAAGGAGAAAAACAGGAAGAUUCUGAGGGGGAACAUAUGGAAGUUUCUGAGGGGGAAGCUCGACAAUCUGACUUACAUGAGGGGCAGGGAACUGAUCAAAGUGAGAGGGAACAUACCACAGACUCUGAGAGCACAGCUGGACCACCUGUCAUUCCUGUGUUUACAGGGGGCCUUAGAAGGAGUAAGAGGAAUGUGGUCAAGCCUGUCCUUUCUACUACACACCCUGUGACUGUAGAAACCAUCAGCUCCUCAGACAAAUCUGAUUCCACCUUCAAACCUACCCAAGUUCCCUCUUCCACUGAACCCUCUUCUAUUCCUGUCUCACCUACUAGGCAGCCUUCUCAUUCACCUUCUCCUCCUCCAUUUCAGCCUACUGGCUUUGCUGCUUUCUCUGGAACUCGUGUGUCUGUUUAUGAUUUUCAACAGGUUCAAGCAGAUAUGGAGAAGUUGACUACUCUGGUGAGCAAGAAACUGGAGGAAAUGGCCUCGGAACUGCUUUCUCUUAAAGGCCAGGUGCAGGCUCUGGCAGAUUCUCAAGCAACCGGAUUUGCAGGCGUAGAGGCAAAGCUUGCACAGGCUGAAGGCAAGUUUAGUGAAGGCAACAAGGAGAUCUUGGAAACUAUCAACAGAGUAGCCUUUGAGGAAGUCGAGGAAGACUCUAUUGAUCCCACAAAUCCAACCCUUGAUCCUACCAAUGCAGCCUCUUAAAUCCUUGAUUGCACUUAUUCUAAUUUCAUAUGUUGAACAAUUUUAUUUUGGUUUUGUUUAAUCUCUCUGAACUUUGGUUUGUACGCCUUUAUCCUUUGCUACAUUCUCUAUGUUCCUCUUCUAUUUCCUAAAUCGGAACUUGGCUCGUAUUUUUCAUAUGAUUGUGUGUGUUUGCUGAUAAUUUGGUACCUAACUUAUUUUUGCCUUGCAUUAUUUGAGCUCACUAUUCCCUACGUAGUCUAGUGGGAGUAUAGCAAAAUGUUUUUUUUCAAUCUUUUGAUAAUGCCAAAAGGGGGAAAAGACAAACUUCAUGGCGGCUAAAGUGUUUACCAAGGAACUCACACAUCGAAGGUACAAACUUUUCUAAGUUAAUAAAGUCCUAGUAAUCUAAGUUUUUAAACUUUUUCUAAGAUUUUAAAGUCUUUGUUAAUUUUUUUCUCUUUUGCUCAGUCUUUUUAAAAUAAAUACUUUUUAGCUUUUUUUUAAGUUCUUUAAUUACUCUGUUUUUUUUGUUUUCAUGUCUUACUUUAAAUUUCUGUUGCAUGCCUGGAUGAUUUUAUUUACUUAAGUUUGUCAAUGUUUGUCAUCAUCAAAAAGGGGGAAUUUGUUGAGCCUUUUGAU